AUGCCUGCAAAACAGUUCUACCUCCUUGGCGAGGCAGUAUCCUCUGCGAGGAACAUUGAUAUCGACCCAGCAAGUGGUCUGGAGGACUUGAAACACCUGAUUGCGGCUCACUUUGCCAUUGUUGAGCCAAAUGGUUGGUUGGAAGGAUAUCUCAGCUCGUCGUCCACACUGACUGAUAUUUUAUUAGGAAUCGGGUUCCAAGCCCUAGACUGUGAGCUUAAUGACGUUUCCGAAAUCACGUCGGCUGCUACUGAAGUUGCGAUCACUGUCGACGGUCACGCGGUUCGUGAUCCUCCAGGCCCUAAGGGACUGCCUUUUGUCGGCAAUUUCCUUGAAGUAUACCCCGAUCACCUUGGGAACCACCAACGCCUCUUCGAACAAUACGGACCGAUUAUCAAAACCACAACUCUCGGGCGCACAACAUACCUCACAAAUGACCCAACCCUGGCAGCAAUCUGCUUUUCCGAGUCUGAUUUCUUCACUAAAGAAAUCAAUGAGGCUCAUCCGCUCUAUCCACUGAAGCAACAGGCUGCUGGUGUUUUCCUCGGCGACACAGACACUCCCGAGUGGAGAGUUGCCCAUAAAUUCCUGCCACCAGCCCUCGGUCCCAAGGCAGUCCGACACUAUGCACCUAUGAUGCAGAAAACCGUUGAAGAUUCCUUCGAGGUUUUUGAUGCUCUCGACGAACAAGGCGAAGCUUGGAACGUUUAUCAGUAUAUGUUGAAGCUUGGGUCUCAAGCUGUGGGCAAGCUUACACUUGGCUUGGAUUUCCAGCACUUUGAAUCUGCUGAUGCUCCGCUACACGAAAUGGUGCAUCUGAUUGCUGAACUUCUUUCUCUGAACAAGAAAGUCUCAUCAAAGGGAGAUUGGUACGGUCGGUUGCCAUUUGGUGAUCCCCAACGGCUCCGAACAGUAAAAUCUCGAAUUGAGGAGCUUGUAGGGGAUUCUAUCAAGAAAGCCGAAAGUGGUGGAGUUGAGGAUCUUCCACUUCAAGAUGCGGCGUUGAAAGCGUCUAACAUGGUCGAUUAUGCGAUUCGCGCAACUGACAACAAGGGGGACAAGCUGCCAAAGGAAAGCCUGGUGUGGGCCUUGCUUGUGGCAACAGGAGCUGGAUUCACAACAACAAGUUCUCUGCUGUCCUGGCUGAUCUACGGUCUCGUCACAUAUCCCGGGAUGCAAGAAAGGCUUCUUCAGGAAUUGAUUGACAAUGGCAUCGAUGAGAAUACUGAGAUCACGGCAGAUGUCACCGAGCGUCUCGAUUUCCUUGACAAGUAUAUCAAGGAGAUGCAACGUCGCCACAACCCAAGUUUCCAACCAGCACGAACCGCCAGGGUCGACCUUGUACUCCCAGGGGGCUACAAGAUUCCCAAGGACGCUGUUGUUCUCCCAGCAUUGCAUCACAUUCAUAACAACCCUGAUUUGUGGGACAAUCCUCACAAGUUCACACCUGACCGAUGGGAUACAGAUGAAGUCAAAAACCGACACAAAGCAGCAUAUGUCCCAUUCGCCAUGGGCCCGCGCAUGUGCAUUGGUUUCAACUUUGCUCUCCAGGAGAUCAAAGUGUUCCUUCCAAAGCUGAUCUAUCGGUAUAAGUUCACCCGGGAGGGUGAUGGGCCAAUUGAAUAUGACCCUAUGUUCCAACUGAUUCGGCCCAAUAAUCUCUAUGUCAAGGCAGAGAAGAGAGUCAAGUGGCCACCAACAACUGAAUCUUUGCGACAGGAGGAUUGA